CACGAAUACUAAUAAUAAAUUUCAGCCACUCACAGAUGACUCCGAAUCUGAUACGGAUGACGACAUAGGCAAAAUAGUUAAGAAAAGGAAGAAAGGGACCAACUUUAAGCCACUAGACAUAGAAAAUCUACCUAAGGAGAGAACUAACACCAGACAUGUAUCCAACACAAAUACCGUAAAAGCUACGAACAAAAAUAAAAACAUGAUGCCGCCUAUAGUCAAAGACGGCAGAACCUCAAAUCAGAUAAAUCUUAUACAAGAUUUAAAAGGUAUAGUCAAAGGGGAAUUUAGUGUCAAACACACUAACUAUACUACUAUCAUUUUUGUUGAAACAAAAGAAGACUAUGAGAAAGUGUUAUCUAAUAUCAAAACUGAAAAAAUGCCUUAUCACACGUAUACCCCACGUGAUGACAAAACUCAUGCUUUUGUCCUGAGGGGACUCGCCCGGGGGACUAAAAUUGUAGACAUCGAGCAAAAUCUGGAGGAGGAGCAUGAAAUAACAACGAAGGCUAUCUACAAAAUGAAUACCAAAGAAUGA